CUACGCCCGUUGCGUACUGGGUCUUUCUCAGGCUGACCGCCGAGGGCGCCCAGCUACGUCAGUGACGUAAAAAGCUUCCAAGAAUCUACGCAGCACCCCGUGGAGCCCUCGGGCUAUUCCGAGACGCUGUUUACGUAGUGUCUCGGCCGUGCUUAGCGUUAAGUCGGAGCAGUCUCCGCGGCGGCCGCCAUUUUGUGCAGUCGCUGGGAAGGAAAGGAGACGCCUAAACAGCGGCACCGCAGGUUUAAUUGCGGCCGAAACCUCCCCGGCGUCCUUCUUCACCCCGAUUCUCUGUGUUUUGCUCCCGUCUCCGACGAGAGAGGCGGCGACGGUGGCGUCUGCGACGGGAGACAGCGCGUCGGAGCGAGAGAGCGCCGCGCCUACCGCCGCCCCAACAGCGGAGGCGCCGCCGCCAUCGGUCGUCACCAGACCGGAGCCGCAGGCCCUCCCGAGCCCGGCCAUCCGUGCCCCGCUCCCAGAUCUCUAUCCAUUCGGGACCAUGCGCGGAGGCGGCUUUGGAGACCGGGACCGGGACCGGGACCGUGGAGGAUUUGGAACAAGAGGUAGCGGUGGCCUUCCCCCCAAAAAAUUUGGUAAUCCUGGGGAGCGUUUACGUAAAAAGAAGUGGGAUUUGAGUGAGCUCCCUAAGUUUGAGAAGAAUUUUUAUGUGGAACAUCCAGAGGUGGCAAGACUGACUCCGUAUGAGGUUGAUGAGCUACGACGAAAGAAAGAAAUUACAGUGAGAGGGGGAGAUGUUUGUCCUAAACCUGUCUUUGCCUUCCAUCAUGCUAACUUCCCACAAUAUGUAAUGGAUGUGUUGAUGGAUCAGCACUUUACAGAACCAACUCCUAUUCAGUGCCAGGGAUUUCCAUUGGCUCUUAGUGGCCGGGAUAUGGUGGGCAUUGCUCAGACUGGUUCUGGGAAGACAUUGGCGUAUUUGCUGCCUGCAAUUGUUCAUAUAAACCACCAGCCAUACUUGGAAAGAGGAGAUGGCCCAAUUUGUCUAGUGCUGGCUCCUACCAGAGAGCUUGCUCAGCAGGUACAGCAGGUGGCUGAUGAUUAUGGCAAAUGUUCUAGAUUGAAGAGUACAUGCAUUUAUGGAGGUGCUCCUAAAGGUCCCCAGAUUCGAGACUUGGAAAGAGGUGUUGAGAUUUGCAUAGCUACUCCUGGGCGCCUAAUAGAUUUCUUGGAGUCAGGAAAGACAAAUCUUCGCCGAUGCACUUACCUUGUAUUGGAUGAGGCUGACAGAAUGCUUGAUAUGGGCUUUGAGCCCCAGAUUCGUAAAAUUGUUGACCAAAUCAGGCCUGACCGGCAGACACUAAUGUGGAGUGCAACCUGGCCAAAAGAAGUAAGACAACUUGCAGAGGAUUUCCUUCGUGAUUACACCCAGAUCAAUGUGGGCAAUCUGGAGUUGAGUGCCAACCACAAUAUCCUUCAGAUUGUGGAUGUCUGCAUGGAAAGUGAAAAGGACCACAAAUUGAUCCAACUGAUGGAGGAAAUCAUGGCUGAAAAGGAAAAUAAGACAAUAAUAUUUGUAGAGACAAAGAGGCGCUGUGAUGACCUCACUCGAAGGAUGCGCAGAGAUGGUUGGCCAGCUAUGUGUAUCCAUGGAGACAAGAGUCAACCAGAAAGAGAUUGGGUACUUAAUGAAUUCCGAUCUGGAAAGGCUCCUAUCCUCAUUGCCACUGACGUAGCCUCCCGUGGGCUAGAUGUGGAAGAUGUCAAGUUUGUGAUCAACUAUGACUAUCCAAACAGCUCAGAGGAUUAUGUUCACCGUAUUGGCCGAACAGCCCGGAGCACCAACAAGGGCACUGCCUAUACCUUCUUCACUCCAGGGAACCUAAAGCAGGCCAGAGAGCUAAUCAAAGUGCUGGAAGAGGCCAAUCAGGCCAUCAAUCCAAAAUUAAUGCAGCUGGUGGACCACAGAGGAGGCGGCGGAGGAGGGGGUAAGGGAGGUCGCUCUCGAUACCGGACUACUUCUUCAGCCAACAACCCCAAUUUGAUGUAUCAGGAUGAGUGUGAUCGGAGGCUUCGAGGAGUCAAGGAUGGUGGCCGGAGAGACUCCACGAGUUAUCGGGAUCGCAGUGAAACCGAUAGAGCCAGUUAUGCUAAUGGCAGUGGCUAUGGAAGUCCUAAUUCUGCCUUUGGAGCACAAACAGGCCAAUAUACCUAUGCUCAAGGCACCUAUGGGGCAGCUGCUUAUGGCACCAGUGGCUACACAGCCCAGGAGUAUGCUGCUGGCACUUACGGAGCUAGUAGCACCACCUCAACCGGGAGGAGUUCACAGAGCUCCAGCCAGCAAUUUAGUGGGAUAGGCCGGUCUGGGCAGCAGCCACAGCCACUGAUGUCACAGCAGUUCGCACAGCCUCCAGGAGCUACCAAUAUGAUAGGUUACAUGGGGCAGACUGCCUACCAGUACCCUCCCCCUCCCCCUCCUCCUCCCCCUUCACGUAAAUGAAACUGCUUGGUGGGAGUGCCUCCUGCAGACUUAAUUACAUCUAAUGGAACACUGUCUUUUCUCUUUUCCUUCUUACCCUUUUCAUUCUUUUUUUUUUUUAAUUCACAACCAUUGUGAUUUGUCUUUUCAUGCAGGUUAGUUAGAAUUCACUGCCAGGUUUCUUCCUGCCCAAAUGGUCCAGUCUGUAAUAACAUUUUGUAAGGAAAAAAAAAAUAUAUAUAUAUAUAUAACUGACUGGAAGAGAUUAAUUUCUUCCCCCAACUUAUUGCAUGUUGAGGAUAUUGAGCUAUUUUUCAUCUUAAAAGGUAUUAGGCGCUUUUGCGGAGCCUGUUUAUCAUUGGAGGGGAGGGAGGGAGGGGAGGGCAGACUUACCUGCAGAAGAAGGAAUCUGUGCUUUAACGUUGCUCUCUCCUUACUGGGGUAGAAAACCAAGUGGGGUUUCCCUGCACAUUUCCCAUAGUGGGUUUUAAUGUUAGUGUGAAGUUGGAUCAGGGUUCCUCAGGCCCAGUGAGUUUUUAAGACUGUUUUGUCAUUGUCAUUUUGGCUGAUGGCUUAAGUGCAUUUAACAGUUAAAAAUUCCCAAUUGGAAUUUGUCCCGUUCACACUCUGCCUUCCCUUUCUCUUCCAGUUACUAAAAAUUAACCAGGUUAGUGUUGAAUUAGGAAUUGAAUUUCUCAUUCUGAGUUCAAGUGUAUCUUUUAAGUUAAAAACUACAAAGCAUUUGUCUUGCUGGUUAGGCGGUAGCAUCUGUCUGGAAGCUACCCAUUUGUCUUUCCCCAUAUAACUGGGGGGACCAUCUGAAAUUCAUUUUUCUAGCCAGAUAGCCAUGGUGCACAACAAACAUCAGUGCUCACUGGAUACUCCCUAAGCAGUUGGGUCUACAGUAUACAAACCUCCUUUAAUUAUUAAUGUACUCCAAAUGGGCAGAUUUUCCUUGUUAAACUCAGUAUUUUCGAGCAACUAGUGGCCACCUGCUCUGCCUGGUUAGCCAGGUUCUUAAGACUUGUGAAGUUCUAGUCUCCAGUUUUCUGCAGGGCUUUGUAACAGCUGAAUGCACUUUGCCCUCAGCAUUCCUUGCACUCAGCUUUUCACAGGUAGGUAGUGCUUAGGAAGUACACUAGAGGGCCAAAGCUGUGGUCCUCCACGUAAAGGUGGGUGAGUUUGUCUCAUCCCCUUUGUUAAAAUGCUGUCUUACUGAGGCUUCAGUAGCAACAGAUGCACCUGAAGAGUUUUCUGUUCUUCACUCUCAGCAUAGGACAAUUAGUUGACCCCAGGUGCCUCUUUAGGUCACUGUGGAGGAGACUUCCUUUUAUGCUGUUAUCUGUACUGUUCCUUCACAGCACAGUUAGAGGGAGAAGGUUCCACUGCAUUCCUUGGCUAUGCCCUGAGAGUGUGUGCUGGUUUGUAAGAUCUAUAAGUAUCAAGGUAUUUGUGGUUUAUUUUGUUCUCCCUUUAAAAUCCUUUAGGGAGAGAAAAGGGAUGGUUUCUGAGGGGCUCUGAAAGUUUGAUUCAAUGUCACCAUACAGGUAGGUUUUCGGCAUAAGCCAAAUUUGUGCAUGUACAAACUUGGCAUCCUGUUUUGUUUCUCACUUUUCCUUCUCUGUCAUCUCACAGAUGAGGACAAGGGAGAGUGAUAGGCACAGAACAACUGUGGUAACACUGCUCUCUGUGCUUUCAAACCAAAGUGUUGUGUCCCUUCUGUCUGUCCCUCAUCCCACCAAAAGAAAGUGUCCAAGCACUGACCUGUUACGGACAUUUCUUUCUACAACCAAAUUCAGGUUUAUUUUUUCAUUAAACAGAUUCUACCACAGGGGGUGUCCUGUGCUACCACAGCUCUUAAAAGCAUCCAUUGCUGAGAAAGGUCCCUGGGGAUCAAGCAGUAAUUGAAUUGCUUGCUUCCCCUUUUCACCAGAGGCAUUAUAAGCAAAAUAACACCAGAUUCCAGAUUCCAAGAGCUCUUUUGGGCCAAGUACAGCAGAACUGUAGUAGAGUUUUUUUCCUAUUGAACUCGAGUGGCUUGUCUGUCAUUUGAAUUCUGCUCUCAGAACAGGUGCAGGCAAAUCCUUUGUCUCUGGUUAUUGCAUAGGGAAAAGGCUUUGAUGUGAAGCUGUGGGCUGCUACUCCCCAUCCCUCCCUAACAAUGUAUUGUGUGGACUUCUCAUCAAAAAGGUUGGUGGCUUUUGCUUGGGAUCAGUGCUCUACUCAUAUGCCCUUGCUGGUCUCUCAACACAUUCCUGUCACGUUAAGACUUGAAUUUUAGGUGUGAUGUUAAGUAAGGCACAGGAUGCUAAGAGCUAUGUUACUAUUCUUAGUUUGUAAAUUGUCCUUUUGAUACCAUCUUGUUUUCUUUUGUAGGUACAAAUAAAAACACUUGUUGACAAUGA